AUGCAGGGGGAUUGUCCAAUGCGCAAAUCGCACAUGGCGGCUUUUUCUGGCAGCCGGACAGCAUCGGUGCAGUUUGUGGAAGAUGAGUCCCUGAGCCCUGUUGAUUUGGAUGAGGGCUCACCUCGUUCGCGGGCAACAUCAGCAAGUAGAAGGAUGGACAGAACAUCCACCCUUCACUUCAACGGGGUCUCUCACCAGCACGGCAUUCACAAAAUACGAGUGCAGAGGACUUCAAACACCGAGGGCAGGUUUGCACCUAGCAUGGAGGAAGAGACGAACUGUUGUGCCCCUUGGAGGUCACUGGUGAGACAGUACAUGAGGAUCACCUACAUGAUCAGCGAGCGAAUGCCAGAGAUACAUGUCAACUCGGAAGGCCACGAUACACAUUCCCUGGCUUUUGUGUUGGCUUCAGUGGCUCUGGUGUUGGUCCUAACCGUGUUGGGACCCGUGCUCAUGCCCGUGGCAGUUGUGUACACUGCUACAUGCGGUGCUGGUCCAUCUGGCUACAUGAACUUAAAUUCAGGACCGGCUGAGCCAGAAAGGGCUGCAGAGCCAUAUCCUGCCCUUCUCAAAUGGACUCUGACGAUACUUCUGGCUGGGCUGUCUGCGUUGCCAUUGUACUUGUUGUCGAGCAUGAGCAUGGUUGUGUUUGAUGAAGAGGUGUUGAUGGAGUUCAUGAAGCCUGAGAACCCCAUGCUCGAGCUUUGGGGUCCGUAUGUCUGUUUGCUGAUCCUGUCUCUGGCAUUCCAUGCCGAUGUUUGCCAGUGUUGCAUCGAGAACGGCGCCGGCCAAAUGCUUUUGGAUGAGAUGCACGAAAUGAGAGAGCAGGAUAACUUCAUGGUCAAGAUUGCGAAGAAUAUUGAUGAGAAGGAAGUGGAAAAUUUGAUUGCCGACAUGCAGGAUCUUGUGCGCUACAUGGAUGUGCAUAUCCAAGAGCAGAAGCACGGACUCUUCAUCACAAGCCAACGUCGCCUUACCAGCAACUUCAUGUAUGCAGUUUUUCAGGUCAUUCUGGACGAAAUGCUGGACGCCGACAUAGACGACGAAGAGGAUCCUUCUUGGCGGCUACGCAGUCGGCUGGAGCAGUGUUCAGCAUCGUCCACGCACAUCGCUCCGUCCGCUGUCGCAGUUCUCCUCGUGGGCAGUCUGGGGCCAGCACUACUUCCGGCACUUGUCAGAUUUGCUAACGGUUACCAGGGAUUGUGGAGCCAUGAUGGUGUCUGGACCUGCCAGCGAGCGUAUCUUUUUAUGGCAUUCCUUACAUCAAUGCGCCUGAUCGGAGGCUGCUACGGGCUUAUUGACAGCCUUGGCAGGUUGCAGCUUGCGACGCUAGCAGCGUUGUAUCUAGCUGCACCACGUAGGCGUCGAGCAGUUCUGGCUUCCAUGUACAGGCCCCAGUUUGACAAGCUUCUGUUUCUGCCUCACGGAGAUCAACAGGCUCAUGUGCCGCUGGCUCCUGCUCGAGAAUCAUCCAGUGAAAUGGAGUGUUGGUACGGGGGUUUUGCACGCUUCAGAUGUGUCUUCGUUGGAAGUAAACUGCGCGGGAAGGGUCUCGAGUUUCGCAACAAAGAGUCCAUGAAGCAGGAGGAGACUGAAGAGAGCCCGCAGGCUCAGAUCCCGCAAGAGGACGAUGCAAAUGCAAGUGUCACUUAUCUGGCAGCGCGAAAGUUCGCGUUUCUUCAACUCCUCACAAGAACAGACUGUUUGGUUCUCGAGGGGAAAUCGGAGGCAGUCAUGUUGGUGUUAAUGAUGAUCUUGACCCUGGUUGCUGUCCUCCUUGUGUAUUCAGUUGGGCUUACAGACGGCCAACACUAUAUCACUCUGGCUUUUGGGUCCUUGAUAUUGCUAGGUGUUCUGGCUGCCAUGCUUUCCAUUGUGAACAAUCUGGUGUCUCUGGAGCGUUUGCUCCUUGCCGACACCCUCAAGAUCCUGCAAAGUUGGCGAGAGCGGCUGGAACGCUUAAGAUACGGAGUCACAAGCACGCUCUUCGAAGACGACAACCGGAAGGACAUAACGUUCUUGGACAACUACCUGUGCAGCUUGAUCGAUCCCGUAGCUGGGCUGAUCGACUACACCAAAAAUUGGCAAAAACCAGUAAGCAUCUUCGGUAUCACGGCAUCCAGUACUCGCCGCAACCGGGUGGUGCUGUCGCUGCUGGCAUACUUUGCGGUACUCCUUUGGCAGCUCUUGAAGCAACAGAGUUGGUACAUUGCUUUGCAGCAAGAACUGGCACAGAUUGCCGAUUCGCACGGUGUUCAUUUUAGCUGA